UGGACGGACGUCCCACCCUCUGGCCGUUUCCCGGCUGAAGUGGGUCGUUAGUGGAGAUGGCGGGUCUGACUGACGUGCAGCGGCUGCAGGCCCGAGUGGAAGAGCUGGAACGCUGGGUGUACGGGCCGGGCGGGGCGCGCGGCUCGCGGAAGGUGGCUGACGGCCUGGUCAAGGUGCAGGUGGCUUUGGGGAACAUUGCCAGCAAGAGGGAGAGGGUGAAGAUUCUCUACAAAAAGAUUGAAGAUCUGAUCAAGUACCUGGAUCCGGAGUACAUCGACCGCAUUGCCAUACCUGAUGCUUCUAAGCUGCAAUUCAUCUUAGCAGAGGAGCAGUUUAUCCUCUCCCAGGUUGCACUCCUGGAGCAGGUGAAUGCCUUGGUGCCCAUGCUGGACAGUGCUCACAUCAAAGCCGUUCCUGAGCAUGCCGCCCGCCUGCAGCACUUGGCCCAGAUCCACAUUCAGCAGCAGGCUCCAUGGGGAGUGGGAGUCCCUGAUAAGGCAGGAAGUUUAGUGGAAGAUGUGGGCUUUGCCAGGCUCCUUUCUGUGCUACACUUUGGCCCUACAGGACCAGUGUGUGGAGAUCACUGAGGAGUCCAAGGCUCUCCUGGAGGAAUACAACAAGACUACAAUGCUUCUAUCCAAGCAAUUUGUGCAGUGGGAUGAGCUACUUUGCCAGCUAGAGGCCGCCAAGCAAGUGAAGCCAGCAGAGGAAUGACAGCUGCUCCCCAUCCCAAGGUGGGCCUGGGCAGUCAGGCUCCAGGGCCCUAUGCCAACCUGUCUUUGUUACAAGGCAGAGGAAGCUUUGUAUUUAUUGGAUUCAAGGCCCACCUCUCUACUCAGGUGGAGCUCUAAAGUUGGAGGUCAGGUGACCUGAGGUUUGUAGUUUGCAACACCCACCCUCCCCCCCAUCAGUGUUCUUAUUCCAGUGACAAUAAACCAUAGAGAUGACUGGA